AUGCAAGACCCAAUUGGGAUUCCUGCUUGCUUUUCAUCUGUUGAGAAGCAAACUGAUGACCCAGCUGCUGUUACAAGGUCUGGGCAGAGUGUUUUCAUGUAUGUAUACCGCACGAAAAUUGCAGAUCAGUGCCGCCUGAUUACCAUCACUUGGUGCAAGAAUUUGCUGCUUCAUGGCCUAUCAGUGGCAGUGGAAGGCCCGGAUGGGGAGAGCCAAUACACCUGCAAGGUGGAGCUGAAGCCAUGGUACUUCUGGAGGAAACAAGGCUCCAAGCGCUUUGUAGUUGAUGAUAAGCCUGUUGACAUCUUCUGGGACCUUAAGGCUGCAAAAUUCAAUGGAGAAACCGAGCCAAGCUCAGAGUACUAUGUGGCAGUUGUGUGCAAUGAAGAGGUUGUGCUACUUCUUGGCGAUCUAAAGAAGGAUGCAUACAGGAAGACAGGUUGCAGACCGGCUCUCAUCGAUCCAAUUUUGGUUUCAAAGAAGGAGCACAUAUUUGGAAAGAAGAAGUUCUCUACAAAAGCUAAGUUCCAUGAGAGAGGCAGAUUCCAUGACAUCUCAAUUGAGUGCAAGAACAGAAGUGGUGGCAGUGGUGGGAGCAUGGGUAAUGGCAAUUCCUGUGGUAGGGUUGAUCCAGAAAUGGAGAUAAGGAUAGAUGGCCAUUUGGUCAUUCAUGUUAAGCAUCUCCAGUGGAAGUUCAGAGGUAAUGAAUCCAUUCAUGUCAACAAACUAAGAGUGGAGGUGUAUUGGGAUGUCCAUGACUGGCUCUUUAGCCCUGGUUUAAGGCAUGCUCUAUUUAUCUUUAAACCACUUAUGUCAUCCACAUCACCAACAUCGAUAUCAAUAUCAACUUCCUCGUCUCUGCCAUUAUCAUCACUGACAUCAACAACACCAUUGUCAUCUCAAACUGGGAGCUGUGAUGCAGCAGAGGGGUUCAAUGCUGGUGGGUCAUCUGAGUUUUGCUUGUUUCUCUAUGCCUGGAAGGUUGAAUGA